UGUGUUUUGCUGUGGAAGGGGUAUUAUUGUUCUCGUGAGUCUGCUUUUCUAGGAUAAGGUUAUUCUGAAAAUUAUUCAAUCUUCUAGUAAACAUUAUAAUUAGUUUGCUCUCUCUGGCGACACGAUUCUUAUUCAUAAAAGAACCAGCUUUAAUUCAAAUUUGGUAGUAAAAUGGAACCACUGCGCAUUCCAAAAUUGGACACACAACAUUCUUCACCGGUUUCUACUCCUGAAGGAAGUCCUAGAUUACACGUGCCUAGUCCAAUUAUUACUAGGAGAACUAGAACAAACUCAACGUCAGCUAGGGCAUUACUGAAUCCACUGGAAACUGGAAUAGUGAAGAGCUUCAGCAGGUCCAAAGGUCACGGUUUCAUUACUCCGAAAUCUGGAGGUGACGAUGUAUUCGUCCACAUAUCUGACAUUGAUGGCGAGAUUGUUCCGAUGCCUGGUGAUGAAGUGAAAUACCGGCUUUGUCCUCUGCCCCCGAAAAUGGAAAAAUUCCAGGCUGUUCAUGUGGAAAUCGUCAAUUUGACUCCAGAAGUCCAUAAGCGGUGGGCGUGUCCUGAUUUUAAUUAGUCAGCCCCCUUCCACGGUAUUUCCAAACCUACAGUACGCAUGCGUUCCAUCAAUAAUCUAACAGAAAUUGUGGUUUUUGGAGGGGUUCACUGUAUUUCAUAUCAAUGUAAGUCUUGAAUUUCAAGAGGGUUCUAGUGUAUUUCAUCUAGAUAUAUAACUCUUGAAAUUCAAGAGGAUUCAAUGUAUUUCACCCCAAUGUAACUCUUGAGAUAUGAUUUAUUUUCUAGUGUAUAGUUUCCUAUUAAUAAGUUUUUCUAUUUUGGAUAGUUUUCUCAUUCGGUAAGUUUCUUCCAUUUCGGAUUUAAUUGAAUUUAUGAGUACCGUAUCCAAAAUUUAGUUAACUAACAUUCUCAGCCUCUGUCAAAAUUGCUAUUUGAUUAGGAUUCUAUAUCCAAAUAAGGAUUGUCGUAAUAGACUACUCUUCAAUUUAAAGUCAAAGUAGGUUAUUAUUCCACUCUAGCAUAAUAUAUAAUCAAACGCAUUUCUUAGUUUGUAUUGGUUUAGAUUGUAUCAUAGAGAAACAAUAGCGUAAGUAGAUAUCCCAUGGUAUAGGGAGUUUAUGUCGAAACUUUUACUGUUAUCUCAAGCCGAUUACUGUCGAUUAUUGUAGAUUUUUACUGUUUUGUUGGGGUGAGAGUGUAUGAACGACACAAUAUGAGAGACCACUAGUGUCACACUGCUUCAAGGGAAAGAACUACGUGGACUAUCGGCUUGAGUAGAAGUUACGACAUAAAUGCCAUGGGAUAUCUACUUACGCUAUUAUUCCUCCAUGAUACAUUCUAAACCAUUUAAUUAAUGUUGAUCAUUAUUUCAAAUAAUUUUAGGAAUGGAAAAUAAUAUACACGCCGAGCGAAUUAAUUUAACUUUUCUAUGAAGCCUUGAUAUUAAAUUUUCAUUCAAGUUUGCAUCAAAUAUUUGCAUGUAGCUAUUGGUCUUCAAGAAUGGAUUUAAAAUAUUCUCACAUUCACAUUUUACAUCUCAACUUGAAUCUAAUCUAAUAGGAAUAUAUUUUUUAGAGGAAAAUUUGAAACAUCACAUAAAAAACAUACACUUUAUAUGUAUUUGGUUACCGCUAAUGUGAGACUGAUUUUUGUCUACUAUUUUUUGUUUAGGUUCUCCAUUGAAUGCUCUUCAAUUUUUGUGUUUUGCUAACUAUUUGUAAUUUCAAAAAAAGUGAAACAAUACUCAAGAUUAUAACAUGAAUUUAGUUUAUUAUUUGUAUCAGUUAUAUCAAUUAAGUUAUGAUCAUGCUUAGGGGGUUAGGGUUUUGAAUAUGAGUUUAUUAGUGUAGUAUCCUUGAUGUUUUAUACAAGUUAGCUGGUUUUCUAAUAUAUACUUGGAUUGCAUGUACAUUUUUCUUCCAACUACAAUAUUACAUACUUCACUUUAUUGAUUCAUACAAUGAUUAUAUCGUAAAAAAUGAUAGGGAGAGAAAAAAUAAGGUAACCUUGUGCUAUUCAUCUCACUAAUUUAGAUAAUUAAUUUUCAAAUAAAUAAAAAUGAAGUUUUAUUCACAAAUUCAGUUUACAGUACAUGAAUAAAAGAAUACUUUUUGUGUAGUUGAGAAGUUGAUAUUGUGGUAAUUAUUCAUAUUAAAUAAAAAGACUGAGAAAUUGUCAAAAACCACAGAUUUAUUGAUAGUUAGAAAGACAGGUUUCGGUCGUUGUAGCAUUUGGUUUGGUUUUACACUAUAAAUCUGUGGUAACAGUUUAUCAGAGAUUAACAAUGGUGUAACAACCGAAACCGGUUUUCCAACUAUUAAUGAAUCUGUGGUUUUUGACAAUUGCUUAGUCUUUUUAUUUAAUAAAAGAAUAUAAAAACGUAUGAAAUUUUCCCACAUAGAUAAGUAUGUGUGUGGGGAAAGAGUUCUAAUGAAAUAUAACUUGAUACUGAAUUUCCUCCGCUAUAAACAAUCAUAGAUAAAAUAUAGCUUUAAGCUGCAUUUCCUCUAUGAUACAAUUUACAAUAAUUUGUGUUGAAUUUUAUAGGUAUGUUAAUAUGGAAUCAUGAUCGUCAAAUUGUUGUAAAAUUGUAGACCAAAUUUCAAAUAGAAAUCAUUUUUCAAUUGGGCAUAGUUUGAACAACAAUUUUCAAAGUUCUAUAAGAAAGAUAAUUUUCUUGAGUGUUUUUAAUAAUUUCAUUAUUCGUGACAGAUAAAUCUUAUUUGUACUACUACGUGAUAUUUAUACGGCUGUUGUUGAUUUGAACUAGAUUCAAUUUUUACUGCUGAAAAUAUAUUGUUUAAUCUGCUUUCACGCAUUGAAUAAUACGUAAUAUGUUUACAGAUUUGUUUUUGAAAAUGCUCUCUCUUUUUUUCUCUCUCUCGUAUCAGAGAAAACAUAGGUACUAAUUUCCCUAUUCUUAUUCUAUGCUAGUAUCUACUUAAUAGAUCAUUCAAACAACGAUAUUAUGAGUACUAUUCCACACAGCAUACAAACCUGUAACUUGAAAUUCGUGAAUCAUUUAGGUACUACAAAAUUUAACAACAGCAUGGCAUUGUAGUUUAUGUCGCUUAUAACAUCGUUUAAAUUGGUUUGAAAGUAACAAAGUUCUAAUUAAUUAGUAAAUUAUUUGAACUAGGAAACAACUGUUUUAUAAUGUAGUGUUCUAAACGAAGACAUUUUUAGCGUUCCAUUAUUCAAUUAUAUUUUUUAAUUAUUUGCAACUUUGUUAUGAUAAAAAUGCAUUGCAGUUCAAAAUAUUAAUACAAUUGAAAUUGAUUUGAAUGAUAAUCGUUGUAAUUGUUUACACGGGAAGUCAAUUAUUGUUUUUGUGAUACAAAGUUUUCAUUCAAUUAUAUGCAAUUUUUAAUUGUUUAUUAACAAUCACUGAGUAAACUAUUGUAGAACUUCAUUAAACACUACUUAUAAUAGAAAGACCAAUCUGAAACGCAUUCCUUGCACAAAAAUAAUAAGGUGCCUUUUUAAAAGAUUCCGUCAUAUUUUUAUAUGAAUAAUACAGUUAUCAUACAAUAGUUUAUUACAGAGUUAAUUAUAGUUUCAUAAGUUAUUAACACAGUUACAUGAACUGAGAAGAUAUUGCCGUAAAUACGAAUUUAUAAAGAAUAUUUACAUAUUAAAUCAGUAAAAAAGACUGGUAUAUCAGUUUUUAUCUACACUUUUGUGAGAUGAUAAUUAGUUAUAUAUUAAUUUUUUCAGCCUAUUGGUUGCCAGAUAUAUUAUUGAGAUUUUUAUUAAAAUCAACUCUUGUAUAGGACAUGACCCUUGGGACAAAUAACGUAUCCAAUAUUAAAUAUUAAAAUCUUGAAUUUGAUUGAGUACUGAAAUCUUCCUAACAUUAGUCACAGCAAAUGAUUUUACAAUUUCAAAUAUAAUAUUGAAAAAUCGUAUUGUCUUGUAACUUGCAAAAAGCAUUCCAUCCGAAGCUGGUUUUGUAAAAUAUUCACUUCUUCUAGGCUUUUGAUUAUUCCAAUCUUUUGUAAAGAUUGAAAAUAGUUUUUAAUUACUUAACACUGGUUCAACGUUUGGAAGGAUUCAGAUGAUAUGUCACAUUUAUGAAUCCAAUUUGAAAAUAAAUCUAUAAUAUAUUAAAAAUGAAUUUAUAAUCUUUAUUGAGAUAAAUUCUUCAAACUAAACUGUCAAACUGUUGAGUGCUUGUAGGCUACAUGCAGAACAGACUUCCAUUGAAAGUGAUUUAUAUUGUAAUUAGAUUUUCUAGUACGUAGUAGUUAACACAACGUUUAUAUUAAACUUCAAUUAAUUAUCCUCUGAACUUUCAUGAAAAGCAUAUUAGAUAGACAGUAUUUUUCAUUUAAUUUUAUCAAUCAAGGUUGUAAGGUAGUGAAUGUGGGUUAUCUAAUCACUGGGUUUUGAAACCACAUCUAAUCACGCCUUCUAAUUAAACUCUUCAAAUUAUUGACAUUACCACACAAUUUGUAAUUUAUUUUUAACCUGACUACUACACUUGUUCUUAGACAUGACAUUAUCUGUAACAACAUUAUCAGGUGCUGAUUUUGAAUCAACGACUUUAUACAAUAGGCCUAUAUAUUUGACUGUGAACGUACUGAUUUUUGUAACCAUAUUUUGUAGCUUUAGAUUUGUAGCAUUUACUUUUCUGAAGUUUAUUCUACUUUCAAAACCCCAAAUAUAUUAUAAAAGAACGAAAUAUUAUAUUAUAAUAUUCAGUAUACUGUGUCCUUUCUAAGUAAUUGAUCUCUAAUUUAAUUUCUGAGAUUUAAACUCAUCAGUCUUGAAGUUGAAUUGAAACAACCACGACUUUUCACUCAUCAGUCUUGAAGUUGAAUUAAAACAACCACGUCUUUUCACUCAUCAGUCUUGAAGUUGAAUUAAAACAACCACGUCUUUUCACUCAUCAGUCUUGAAGUUGAAUUAAAACAGCCACGUCUUUUCACUCAUCAGUCUUGAAGUUGAUUUAAAACAACCACGUUUUUCACACAUUAUUUAUGUUUCACCUGUAUUGUGAGAUAUAAUCAUUUCAUUAAAUUAUCAUGAAAAUGAUGAAUAAAUAAUAAUGAAAAAAUGAUAAUACUAUUAAUGAUAUGAUAAACUGAAGAAAGAUUCACCAAUAAAAGAGCUAUAAUUAUUUAAUUAUAGUUUUAUCUCUAGAAUUAAUCACCAAUAAAAAUGUUUUAAGUUCAGUUUGAUUAUCUCAAAAGUUGUAAUAAUUCAUUCCCUCAUGCCUAGUACGUAUAUAAUUUGUCUAAAAAUAGAAAGAAAAUAAAAAUCUCAGUACCCUUUUUGAAUUAUUUAAUCACAACAUGUUUCGAACAUUAAUGUCAUUUUCAAGUGAUCAUUUUCAAGUUUUAUUUUUAUAAAGUAGCCUUUCUAUUUUUAUUACAAGUAGCCCUAUUCAGAAAAGAGAUAAAUAAUUUGUCUAGUAUCAAAUAGAACAAGACCUAUUGUCAUUCCCGUUGCUGUAUGAAAUUUUGGAAAAUAACUAUUGAAAUCUAUGAAAAAUCGCACAGUUCUAACAUACGUUGUUAAGUUAUCAUUUCAGUUGUUCAGUUAAGUUAUCAUAUCAUUUGUUUCAGUUGUUUCUAUGAAAUUACAAUGUCAUCGAUAUCUGUUAUUUCCUGUAUGUACUGAUUAAAUAUUUUGUUGGCAAA